AUGGCGCCGCCGCCGGCGCUGCGCCUCACCGAGUCGCCGCCGGACGAGCUCAUCGAGGAGAUCCUCCUCCGCCUCCCUCCCGAUGAGCCGUCGUGCCUCCUCCGCGCCUCGCUCGUCUGCAAGCCCUGGAGACGCAUCAUCUCGCACCGCAGGUUCCGCCGCCGCCUCCACGAGCUCCACGGGAGACCCCCCGUACUGGGCUUCCUCCGAAACAACCCCAAGGCCGUAAAAGACUUUGUCGCCACCACAGCCUCAGCCUUCUCCCUCGCCGUCCCAGGUGACUACCUAGCCCUCGACUACCGCCAUGGCCGCGCGCUUCUCCUCGACAUGGUUCCGGGUUGGGGUGAGCUCGUGUUGUGGGAUCCAAUCACUGGCGACCAGGAGCGCGUGCCGGUGCCAGAGGCGAUGUGGGACAACACGUUCCAGGGAGACAACCCAACCGCAGCCAUUGUCUGUGCGGCGGCCGGGUGCGACCACCGCGGCUGUCACGGGAGGAGGCCCUUUCACUUGGUGAUGGUCUAUUCUGACACCAUCGGCUUCCAGAACAGCUACCAAGAGGAGGAGGAUCUGGAGUGGGUCACAUGGGCGUGCUCCUACUCGUCGGAGACCGGCGAGUGGGGCGACGUGUGCUGCAUCCAAGAUUCAGGUGUGGACUUCAGGCUCCACACCACCAGCGUGCUCGUAGGGGACACUCUGCUCUACUUCAUGUCCGAUCGUGGAACAAUCAUCGAGUACGACUUGGCCGGGGAGGAUGCUACCACCAUCUCACCCCCGGAGUUCGAAGGGUAUGGUUCAGUGGCCCUCAUUCUCACCGAGGACGGUGGAUUAGGAGUUGCUGAAUUUUCUCCAGACUGCGGUCUCAACAUGUGGUCGAGGUUGGUUAGUGACGACAAUGACGCAGCACUAUGGGUAAAGAGCGAGGUCAUCUGCCUGGACAAUUUGCUCCCAGCUGAUGCUCUCGAGGAGGAGGAGGUAAGGCUUUUGAGCUUUGCCGAGAGUGCAAAUGUGCUUUUCAUCAAGACACCUGCCAGAAUCUUCACAAUCGAGCUACACUCAGAGCGAGUGAGGAACGUGUGUGAAGAGGAUGAUGAUGAUGAUGACGAUGACGACUCGUGCUCUUUGCUUGAAGAACUGAAGCAAGCAGCCACAAGCCAUCUGUCAUGGAUGGUGGAUGAGACAGAGGGUUGCCUCAGUGGCAACCUAUGA